UCAAGUAUCCGAACAUAACCUUAGCUAUUGUAAACAAAUAUUGCAAAAUUAUUGUUUUUAUCGUUGUUUUAAUAUCAUUAUAAGCUAUAAUUAGCACAGAAAUAAUAAGUUAUAUGUGGUAAAUAUGUCAGAUGUAGAGGUUGAGGUGCCGUCGACUUUUAAAAGACGCAACCUUAAGAAAAGAGGUGGCAGGCAAAGAAAGAAAUCUAGUUCAGACGAGAAAAACAGCUCAGACUCCGAUGAACCCACCGUAGUGCUACCAACAAAAAGACAACAUAAAUCAAAUCCCAACAUUCAAUCAACAGGGAAUAAACGUAACAGAGUUGAAAUUAAUGACAGUGACAAUAGUAGCAAUGGUGAGGAAAAGAAAAAGACAAACACAACGCUCUCGGUACAGCAACAGAGGGAGAACGCAACAUCUACGUACGACAUGGACACUGAGGUGGACAGAGAUGCGCAAGCUAUAUUCGAGAAGGCACAGAAAAUAAACGAAGAGCUUCUUGGUCAAGCUGACGAUAAGGUGUACAGAGGUAUAAAUAACUACGCCCAAUAUUAUAAGAAGAAGGAUACAGCGGCGGGCAACGCCAGUUCCGGGCUCGUGAGGAAAGGCCCCAUUAGGGCUCCAGCUAACUUGAGAGCUACUGUCAGAUGGGAUUAUCAACCAGACAUAUGUAAAGAUUACAAGGAGACAGGCUUCUGCGGUUUCGGAGAUUCCUGCAAGUUCCUCCACGACAGGUCUGACUACAAGCACGGCUGGCAGCUGGAGAGGGAAGAGUCCCACCCCAGUGAGGGGGGGAAGGGGGACUCCGACUACGAGAUACACAGUGACGACGAGCUGCCCGUCAAGUGCUUUAUAUGCAGGGAAACAUUCACGGACCCCGUAGUCACCAGAUGUAAACACUAUUUCUGCGAGAAGUGUGCACUGGCUAACUUCAAGAAGUCCUCUCGAUGUUUCCUGUGCAACGCUCAAACCAGCGGCGUGUUCAACCCGGCUACGGAGCUGCAAGCUAAAAUAAGCGCCAGGGGAGAUGACGAUGAUGAUGACGAUGAUGAUGACGAUUGAUGAUGACGAUUGAUGAUGACGA